CACAAAAUUUAUGAGAGGCAGACCUUAGGACUGGGAUAUCGUUAAGAUGGAGUUGUGCUGCACUCCGCGAGCUCUCUUAUGGCUUUCUCGUCCUCCGUCGUCGCUGCUCCCUCGCAUUUGCUCCUCUCUGACCGCACGCCCUCGACCCUUUCUCUUUAUGCCCAAAUCUCUCUCCUCUUACCCCAAACCAGAAUUACGAUGCCCUGGAGCUGCGGACUCAGAGGAAACAUUGACCUUUGUGUCGGAGAAAUUGGAAGAGCCUGUGUCGUCUAAAGUGGGGGAAGUUUCCUUCGAUGCUGUUCCAGUUAAUGAAACCUCGAACGUUGUAGGGCAGAGCGAGAGCGGGGAUUUCUUGAGUGAACCUGUUCCAGCUGAUGAAGCCGUGAGUGUUGGAGAAAAGAUUGAGAUCGUGGAGUUCUUGAGUAAACUGAAUCUCAAGCUGGAUUCUCCGGACUCUUACUACCUCCUCCUGUACGGGGCUGGCGCUCUGCUUGCUCUGUGGAUAACAUCAGCCAUUGUUGGUGCAAUUGAUUCCAUUCCUCUGUUCCCAAAAUUGCUGGAAUUGGUUGGCAUUGGUUACACAGCCUGGUUUAGCUACCAGUAUCUCAUAUUUAAGAAAAACAGGGAGGAUUUUUUUGCAAAAAUUGCAGAUCUCAGGGAUCAAAUUAUUGGGCAACCUGACAGGGAAUAGUUGUUCGGUACAUGCUUGAAGCCUUCUUUUUAUUUGUUUCUGUUAAUAUGCUGAAGUAUAUAUGAGCUGUUUGUUACUUUGUAAGUGAUGAAGCUUUGUAACUGUUCACCAAUAGUAAUUUCUGAAAUUCCAAUUAUAGAUUUUAUUCUUGAAUUCUCAUGUCGUUGUAACCUAAAAAUAAAUUUUACUUGUUUUCUUUGUAUA